CUAGGAAUUUCAAUUUGAUUUUAUAUUUUUUUCGUUCACUAGCGAAAAGAUCGAGAUUUGUGAGAUUUCACAGAAAUUUUGAUUUUUUUUUCUUCCCUCUACGAGUCUCACAUGUCAAUAAAAGAAAAUUGUAAAAUUAGAUACUUUGUUCCUCUAUGAAAUUGCUGAAAUUCAUAGAAUUUUACCAAAAAUUCGACAAAAUUUUAAUCCUGGAAGGAGAUAGGAGUAUAGAUUUGUAAAGGUUUAAAACGGACAUUUAUAUUUACAAUUUUUGGAUUUAAAAAUAAAAAGAUCCCAACAGCCGCGCGCCUUGAUUGGUAUUUGGUGUUUUCCUCUCUCGCUUCGCUUCUCUUGCCUUGCUCUUCCUCUACCACCUCCGAUCGAUCGUUCCUCUGCACGUCGGCGGCAACCGACUUCUCGUCCGCAUUCAGCAUUUUCCUUCUCGUCUCACCGCUCCCCAGAGGCGCGUAGCGGGUGCUGCCCCGUCUGGUUGGUGGGUGGUGUCACCUUUGCGUGCACCGAGGGUGUUCGACGGAAUGCCCCGCCGAGAGGAAUAAAUUUGUUAGCAAAAGAUGCACCAAAGUAUGAUGAUUGAUGAGUAUCACACGGUUGUUCCUAACUGGCUGUUUCAUCCAGAGACACUAUGCAAUACUCUAAUAAAUUUUGAAGGUGGACGAACAAGAUGAAACAUUAUCAUUUCAGGCAGCAGAAAAAAUAAGGUGCUCUUAACAACAGCGAAGAAUCCAAAUCUCUUAGUUGUCCCUUUUUGUGAGUUGAACGAAUUCCAUUGGUGAAGUUUGCCUUUCAGUAAAACAAGAACUUGUGGGCAACUGGCUUGCUUGGAUGGGCAUUUGGUUUAACCAUCAUGUUAUAAAUCAGAGUACCAAAUCUCUUACUGUUGUAUGCUCAGGAUUUUAUUUUGCUGCUCGUUCUUUUUGUAACAAGCUGAACCAUAGAAUUGCCUUGAAGGAUAAAAGGCUAGUUAGGUUUGACAGGAAUUCGAGUGAUGUGUUUGCUCUGCAUGAACUUUUACAACAGUGUUCAAAGAGGACGUCCCUCUUGGUUGGUAAAGUCUGUCAUUGUUUAGCCAUUCAUUUUGGUCUGGUAACUGAUACAAUCAUGUGCAAUAUUCUCAUCAACUUGUAUACAAAAUGUGGUCAGAAUGGUUGUGCUCGUCAUGUUUUUGAUGCAAUGCCUGUCAGAAGUGUAGUAUCAUGGAAUACCAUGAUUGCUGGGUAUACUCGUAAUGGAGAGGAUGUACAAGCUCUGAAGCUUUUUUCAAUGAUGCACCGAGAAGGGACACAGAUGAGUGAAUUUACCUUAUCUAGCACUCUCUGUGCAUGUGCUGCGAAAUAUGCUACCAUCGAAUGCAAACAGUUACACACUAUUGCCAUUAAGCUUGCACUGGACUCCAACAGUUUUGUUGGAACUGCAGUUCUUGAUGUUUAUGCAAAAUGUAAUAUGAUUAAGGAUGCCUACUGGGUUUUUGAGAAGAUGCCUGAGAAAACUGCAGUUACAUGGAGUUCAUUGUUUGCAGGACUCGUGCAAAAUGGUCUUCACGAAGAGGCAUUGCGUUUAUUGCAGAGUUCACAAAGGAAGGGAAUACAAUUGACUGAAUUCACUCUUUCUGCUAUGCUCAGUACAUGUGCAAGCUUAGCAUUGAUAAUCGAAGGAACACAGCUGCAUGCAGUUAAUGUCAAGUAUGGUUUUCAUGGUAACUUCUUUGUGGCGUCAUCUCUUGUGGAUGUCUAUGCAAGGUGUGGGCAGAUUGAGAAAGCUUAUGCAGUAUUUGCUGAUAUGGAACAUAAGAAUGUCGUCCUAUGGAAUGCAAUGAUUGCUAGUUUUACUAGGCAUGGCCAUUCUUGGGAAGUGAUGAUUCUCUUUGAGAAAAUGCAGCAGGUAGGGAUUUUUCCAAAUGAAGUUACUUACCUCUCCAUGUUGUCAGCGUGCAGUCAUGCAGGUUUAGUUGAAGAGGCCCGCCGCUACUUUAGCCUGCUAAUUUCUGAUCAGACUGUUGAACCUAAUGCCCUUCACUAUUCUUGUAUGAUUGAUGUUUUGGGGCGAUGUGGGAACACUGAUGAGGCUUGGGAAUUGAUUCAGCAAAUGCCAUUUGAACCAACAAUUUCUAUGUGGGGAUCUUUGCUUGGGUCAUGCCGGAAGUACAGGCAUGUUAGAUUAGCCAGAAUAGCAGCUGAACAGCUUUUCAAACUUGAACCUGAAAAUGAAGGGAACCAUGUUUUGCUCUCAGAUGUAUAUGCUUCCAGUGGAAACUGGGAGAAUGCUGUGUUGGCAAGGAAGUAUUCGAAGGAUAGUGGUGCAAUGAAAGAUAUGGGCAAGAGUUGGGUCUAGGCAAAGGGUAAAGUUCAUGCUUUUGUGUUGGACAGAGAUAGAGCACCCUGGAAUGAUUGAUAUCUAUAACACGUUGGCGAAAGUUUAUCAUGAGAUGAGAACAUCUGCUCAGAUCUCGGACAUAUAGAGGAGCUUUUUAAACACCACAUAGAGAACACUUGCUUUGUUAUUCAAGUCAAUAAUGUCAUGCUUUCAGCCCCACUUAGUGUAACAUCAACACUAUAAUUUGAACUUUGCAUACCAUAUCCAAGCACAGUCGUGAGUCGCUGAUUAUCCGAAUAGAUAGUGUGACCUACAAGGCUACAAAACUAUGUCUUGUACAGUGCUUGUGUCCUACAUCAUAAGCCAAUGUUUUUUCAUCAAUGAAUUUGUUUCUGUAGAGCUAUAGAUGGGAAGUGGAUGCAAGAUUUAUUGAUUUUGUAGAAAUGUAAAUGGGAGGAGGAUUUCUUCUUCCCACAGCAUUUGUUGAUUACAGUUCCUGAAGUGGAUUUACAGGAACUGCAUCAGUUCAUGACAUUUUGGCUACA